AUGGCUCAAAGGAUGCAGGUGCCGGAGUUGAGAUGUAUGGAACCGGAGAACUAUAAGAAAUAUUUCCGUGCGCUAUGUUGGAGUGGUACCAAGAAGGAAAGGCGAUCCCACAAAAGAAUUGGGAAGAAAGAGAAACUCCGACGCUUAAAAGCGGCCAAUGCCUUGGCUGUUUGUUAUGCUCCUGCACUCCUGGGCAAUCCAUCUCAAUUUGCUGUGUAUGCCAAUGUGCGUAAAUCCAUCCUCGCUCGUUGGAGACAUCUUCAUGGCACCGUCAAUGAGCUGUCUGAUGACAGUGACAAUGAGGAUGCAACACCACCACAAACAAAUAAAAUACCAAAGGGACAUGCACCUGAAGAACUGGCGCAGGAGCCAACUGAAAUCAUACUCAACCUUCAUUCAAUGCUGGUGGAGGUGGCCAGUGGUAGUGGGCCAAAUGGCAAAGUGGAGUUACCAACAACUCUAACUGCACUCAGUAGCUCUUGCCUCAUAGCACUCUCAGUGGCCCGGGGUGAGGCUGAACUCAUCCUGAGUGCUGUGGCAUCUCUUAUCAUGUCCCCAUCUGUACUCUCUGAACAAGAUCUUCAGAUCCCAUCAAACUUAAUCACUCUCCAACGGAGCGUCCAGUCGGUGAUACUUGGUUCUCCGUCCCGCAACCUAUGGUUAAACUAUGGCGUCCCUCACCAGUGUCUAGUGAAUAGCUUCCCAGUAGACCUUCCUGCGCAACUAACUGGGUCGGGCGAGCUCGUGGUCCGGUCCUUAGUUUCCGAUGGCUGCUUCCUAUACGUAUAUACGUCCAAAGGCCUGUUGAAGAUAGGUUCAGGGUACGGCAGCUCUAUAAGGCAGCACGUUUAUAUGCACAAGCCAGACUUCUUUGCUAGCGAUCGCCACGGCUGGCUAGGUUAUUGUAAGAAUAAAUUAUAUCUAAGGAUAGGCAGGAAAAAGACUGAAGUUUAUGAAAUAGAUAGAGAGACUUUGGAAGUGAGAAACAUGAUACGGCUGGAUCCUGGUCUACCGGCCCCUGUUGAACCUAAGUCAGCGGUUUUUACCGACGGAAACCAAUUAGGACUGAUAUUAUUAACUAAUUUUGACAACCUUACAAUUCGGCUGUACGACGCUGACUCCCAGCCGGAACGCGACGAAGGCUCAGCUACCACAACUCUGACGUCACAGAAAGAGAUCAAUGUCCAUCUUCUAAGGCGUAGGACGCUAGUACUGGGCCGCAGUCCUUUUGAAGACGGAAUGUCUAGACGAGCGACAGAACUGGACACUCCUAUAGCAAUGCAACUUGAUGAUAAUGAUGACGACCCCUUGCUCAGCAUUUAUGGUGGUCAGGACUUUGCGCUACUUACCACAGCUUCUGGAAAGGUAUACUACACCGGCAAAGGUGCUAGUCUUGGCUACAAGGCGGCCUCUCCACAAACUGGCCGGUGGACCCUAAUGAAAGAAACAAUAUUCUCACGGAACGAAGCGCCGAACGCCAAGAGAUGCAAGGUUAUGCAGGUUGCCCUUGGUAAGGCUCACGCUGUAGCUCUGACAAAUUUCGGCCAAGUCUACACCUUUGGAAUAAACAAUAAGGGACAGUGUGGACAAAUGUUCCCAACAUCUCGCCGUCGUACUGAGUCCAAGGAAGAGCCCCGAUUGUGUUCCACAUCACAUACAUGGACGACAGACUACUGCCGCGUGUGUGUUCUAUGCAGGGACUGUACGGGAUUCUCCAGCGCGUGUCACUGCUCGCAUCUACCGAAUAGAGUGCCUGGAGAAAAAUGCGGUUGCGGCGAAGGCGACAGUGGUUGUGCAGUUUGCGGCGUUUGUCGGAGAUGCGCAGACACAUUUGUAAUGGCUGGUCGGCCUGAACGAGCAUCAACAUUCACCGUCACGGACUUGGAUGAUGAUGGCGAACCAUCCAUAAGGCCAGACUCUAGAAGCGAUGUUGACGACGAUGGCGACGUCUCCGCUAGAAUCGACACACGGAGCGUGAUAUUUGACAAACAGGCGGUGAUACUAAAUACAUGUUCCGUCACUGUCACAGAUUUUGAUAACAACUGCGCAGGAGCCUCUUCUAGUGUCGAGACGAUGAUUGAUAAAGAAAACGUGCGGUUCUCGUUAUUCGAAGGCGCUGCAGCUAGCUCGGAAAUGGACCGCGAUGCCAGUCUUAAAGUGACUUGUUUACCUCCGGCAAGAGUGGCCGUGCCCGGGGGACACCGCAUCGUCGCUGUAGCGUGCGGCUUGCAUCAUACAGUUCUGCUGACUGAACAUGUAAUAUUACCAAACCGACCAGAACAUACGUUCAAAUGCAUAACAAUAAAUAAAAUGGACGGCUCAUGCAACACGUGGACUGGCUCGGAGCAAGUGGACUUCGUGAACAGUCUCGCGUGUCUCGAUCCUUUAUACGACGUCCUUUGGUGUUACCAGCCUCAGAUGAGGGUCAUGAAGUGCUACAACAUACUGGCUUUUGACUCACACAAAUUGCAGAAAUGCUGCAAUGAUCCCGAGUCGUAUUUCGGUGAAGGAGACUUUGAAUACCCAAACUAUGGCAGUAUGAAACGCUUAGAAGACUUCAAGAACUUGGAAAACUUUGAUCUGUCCUGUCGUGACGAGGAUAGGCCGACGGACAAUGUCGCUCUGUCCAAUAUGUCGGUGCUGAACCAGGAACUCGCCAUUCCAUCAGCGAUUGGUUACUCUGUUACUCGAAUGCACGCUGCGUUACAUCUUCUGGGAUGUUUAGAUUCGUUGACUUAUGCUCAUGACAUAAGGUUAAAUCAAUCAGAUUCUAAGAGAGAUAGCUUGGGGUCUCCAAUACUUCCUGUGAAGGAGGAUUAUCAGACUGUGAAUAGAUUCGAAAGUAACGGUGGAGGGUGGGGCUACUCUGGACACUCGGUUGAAGCUAUACGAUUUAUGUGUGAUACUGAUAUCUUGUUGGGUGGUAUCGGUUUAUACGGCGGUCGUGGUGAUUACACUGCGAAAGUGAAGUUGUACGACAUUGGGAUCGAAGGUGGGGACCAGGAAGGCGACGGGGAAUUAAUCACUGAGAGUGAUGAGAUCAUAUACGAGUGUCCCCCAAGAGAUCGAUUCCCGGUCAUGUUUGACAACCCUGUGCCGCUUGCGGCUAACCGAUGGUACGUCGCAUGGGCUUGCAUAUCCGGACCCUCGUCAGACUGCGGCUCCUCAGGUCAGGCAAUGGUCAUAAACGACGAAAUAGGAUUCCAUUUCAAAACUUCCAAAAAGUCUAACAAUGGUACCGACGUAAACGCGGGACAAAUUCCUUGUUUCAUCUAUAACACUGUCAGCCCUGACCAGUCUUUACCACUCAAAGUUGUGGACUUGGGCGAACCAAUAAUAGUUCUAUCUAAGAACUUGUCGAGAAAAGUGACUGUGUCCUGCUUCAAGUCGCUUAUAACCUUAUUACAAUGGAGCUGGGAUACCUUCAAACAAAUCCUUCUGGAGACAAAUGGCUUGGUGCCAAUUAACUACCAGAAAUUAACUGUAAUGAAGCAUCAAAAGAGGUUGGUUUACGUGAUCAGAGCGUGCCUACGUCUGGUGAAAUCUUACAUCAACGAAAUUUACCCACAAAAUAACAGGAAACGCAACUCCCACGAGUACAUGUCCUACUUCGAGGCUAUUGCUGAAGUGCGGAACUUGAUUCAGUCGAUAAUGGCUGAUCAGACGCCUACAUGUUCCAUGCUGCCUCGGAAACCGGGGAAGAGUAAGGCUCAUAGAGUAUGCUAUGUGCAGUUUGCUCUAGAGUUGAUCACAUCGAUAUUGAACGAAGCUCAUGAUACAAUAACAGCAUGCUUCCACGCUUUCUUUCCUACUCCAACGCUGAAAUGGAACCAUCUUUGCUCCAUGUUGUUUAACGUCAAGAUAAUCAUUAAAGAGAUCCCUGCUAAGUCUGCGACGGUCCCGCGAUCGUCGCAUGCGCAGAAACCACCUCCCAUACCUCCGCGAGCCAACAGUAGAGAUGCUACGAAACAGAUGAUGACGCGGCAGUGUGGCCAGCCUCAUGACCACGGGGAAAUAAAACAGCAGGAGAAACUCUCCGAGUAUUGUUGCAAACUCAUUGCUAGGGUCGUGGCUGAAAUGUCUACCAGUGCCACUUCUAUUCGGGACACGGACUCAAACGUAGUAAAGAACUUUGUGACACCAUCGCGGUUUAUGCGAGUGAAUCAAUCGAGAGCUUGGAACACUGGGAACGGCAGUCCGGAUGCUAUCUGCUUCACCGUGGACCGACCUGGAGUGACGUUAGUCGGCGUUUGUGUCUAUGGUGGCCUGGGGAACUACGAGUACUCCCUCGAACUACUACACGAUGUACGGCUCCGCGCAUCAGCCGACGAAGCGAACUCGACUCACUGCUGGGUGAGCAUGGAGAUCGUGCACGGGAACUACAGCGCGGCUGAUCUGCAACACGACGUGGUGCAGCUCAAGAGGAUUUACGUUACGCCAUACGUCUCUGUAACCAUGGCGGUCGUACUUCCAACGGCGAUUGCGGGCUACCUUCAGUUAAGGGCCCCGAUGGUACCACGUUCCGUUUCGCGUCCUGCUCUCUCAGCUUCAAUGGAACUACAUUGGCUAGAGGACAGAUACCUAGCCUGGUUUAUUAUGGCCGACCUGUUCUGCACGUUGCGCAAUGAGUUGACUGCUGAGGACUUGAGAAGAAAUGCUACAGUGCUGCAGAGCUCACCAGCUAUCAACAUAUUGAUACCAUAUACCCUCGCCAACUUGGAUGGCGUUGAUGACUCUAAGAGCGUCAUCAAGAUACUAGAGAUGAUUCACAAGCUGCUUCCUCACGUGGCAGCUAUGAACUUGUUAGUGCCAAGUGUUGAAGAAUCGAGCACUACCACGGGAAAUUACUAUACGUGGCUCGAGAGCGAUCACCCGUACAAGCAGGCUACUGUUACUAAUAUGAGGGUACUAUUCCCGACCAACGUAUCCUGGGUGGUCCUCGAAAUGGAUCCACGAAGCAUCACCGCUCAGCCUGAAGACUCCCUCACCAUAUACGCAGUGGCCGGAACUCCUAAACAUCGGUGCCAUUGUGCUAACGAGGUCCGAGUGUCGGAUCCGCCUUUCAGAAAGCGACUAGUGCAGUUGACGAAUGAAGGCGAAGUGGAGGAAUUAGGGGAGGAGCCCGAUGGUGAUGGCGUGUGUAUGCAUUACAACUGUACUUACGUUGGUGUCACCCCAAGGCUGGCUAACAAUGCAAGUGACUGGCCUCAAAAAGCCCUUUUAGUACCAGGGAAUGAAGUGAUAUUCUCUUUGGAGACAGCAUCCGACUAUUUAACCGAAUUUAACAAGUCAAAUAACAACGUUAGUGGAGGUUCAAGUACAAGCUAUGACGGGCGGCAGUCCAAUGGGAGUGGAGGGCGAGUCUCCUCAGGACGGGAGCGAAGCCCUCCUCCUGUCCAGAGGACUGGAACUCUCCUCCCCUCCCACCAUUCACCAAGUACUCGAUGGGCAACCGCUGCUGCGAAAAAAGUAACAAUAAUAAUUUAA